AUGAAAAAGCUGACAUUGGAAGGGACUCGUUAGGAAGUUAAUCCGCUGGCCACUAGUUAAUGAAGCCGGUACCACAAAGUGGUCCAAAUUCGUUCCUGAAUUGGGUUUUUGUUCAUUCGCCGGACGUUUUGGGCGGUAUUGGAAAGGAUAGAAAGUGGCAACUUCAGAUGUGACGUUUGUGGGAAGUGGAUGUUGGAACUACUUUAUUACCGCGCAACAUCCUCUGUGUGUGUGUGAUGAGGAGAUCAUUUCCUCAUGUGUGAAUCACCCCGCUUAUCCAUGCAUGGAGUUGAUGAUAAUGUCGGGGAAGGAAAAUCAUGGCUCUAGUCCCCCGAACUCGAGAAAAAUGUCCCAAAUAACUCGACAUGAUCGGAAUAAGUAGCGUGGAGGAUAACGAGGAAGAUGGAGGAGAAACGUGUAGACGAAGAUUCCUGUCUCAUACGCGUGAAAGCCCAAGUGAUGACGCGUACUGAGGAGGGGUGGGGGCCUCUCGGCAACGGGGGCUACGGCAUUGUGGGAAUCUACAGGCUGAGCCCCGAGACUAAGAAGGUGGAAUACAUGAUAGUGGGCACCAACUCUGCCAGGGACACGAGGCUCAUGGACUGCCUUUUACGACGCGACGUGGAAUACAACAAACCGACGCCGACCUUCAGACAUUGGAGGACGCAAGACUCCAAGUUUGGACUGACGUUCUCCAACCCCUCCGACGCGAGAGCCUUCGACCGAGGAUUCGCCAGAGUUGUACAGGAACUUGACGACGGUGCAUCGACGGAAUCCUCACUGAACCAGUCAACGGACAAUGAAGUCGACGAUGACCCAGACACCUUCCCACCAAGUCAUGUUGGCGAACCACUCUUGUGUGACCCCACUCAUGAAUACCAGAACACACCCGGCAGUAACCAACGAGAGAGUCUACGAGAUAUCCUUAUGCAGCCCACCCCAACCAGAGACUUUGCUCCUCCGUUCAGCCAUCACAGCAGCCAGCAGCGUCUCCACCGAGUCCACUACGUGUCCCGCUCCAGGUCGGUCAAGGAUGACAAGGAACGCCGGCUCUCCAACUCCAACAAAAAGUAUUCCUCGAUUGGACAUGAGACGAUAUGGACAAAGAAGGCCAGCGAGUUCCAGUCGCAGCGGGACAAUGGCUUGACGGGGGAGAACGGCAGCAGCGAUCCCUACGUCAAGAUCUUGAAGAAGCCGCCGCACAUCCACGAGUAUGUGUAUCCAAUGGUGCAGGCAGAAGGGGAGGACGAUUUAAGAAAGCCCAGACAUUACUUCAAGGUGGUGACCGGCCAACCCAGGCCACCAUCCCCACCGGUCAAGGCCUUCAAGGUCCCCAUGCCGGCUGAUCAAGUCAAGUGUGUGCACUGCCAACAGUUUUUCAAUCCGGAGAUGAACAGGCGGGGGGUGUGUCCAGACGCCCCCGAUGAGACAGAACGCUGCAUUGGGAAGGUCAGCUGCAUCCAGGCAGCCCAGAGCAUGAUGUACCACUGCAUGUCGGAUGCGGAGGGGGACUUCUCGGACCCCUGCUCGUGCGACAUCAGUGGCGACACCCACUUCUGCCAAAGAUGGCUGGGUCUGGGGCUGCUGUCGCUGUUUGUCCCCUGUCUAUGGUGCUAUUUACCACUCAAAUGCUGCCACUUGUGUGGCACGAAAUGCGGGUGCUGCGGGGGAAAGCAUAAAGCUAUAUGACGCCCCUCCAAAAACAAAAAAAAACAAGUGUAUAUUGAUGCUUCAUGGUGCCGUGUGUAUUUUAGUCUGUAGGAAUACGACAAACUGUUUUUAUGUCGUCGUUGUGAAGGAAAGAGGGAUGAUAAUAUAUGCAUAUCAUCUGAUAUACGCUUCACGUGACCAGUGUGACUAUUGGGCUUUUCUUGCGCCGCCGAUGUGCCAGUCCUGGUCAACUUUAGUUAACUGAAAAGACGAGAGAAACUGUCCUGUCCAACAUGUCACAUCACAGAUUUUGAAAAUAUUUAUCAAUGUGAAUUCAGAAGUAAGCAAACUUGACCCCAUGGAGAAAUACUGUCACUUAUCCUUUUUGAGUGAGACUGAUAUUUCCCUCUGGGGCUUAGUCUGCCCAACAGCCCUCGGGCCAAAGGCAUGGAGCUGCUGAGUGCGGAAAUGUGUUGAGCACAGAAACAAUUGUCAAAUGUUGAACAAAGAGAGUGAUUAGAAUGGGGUUUGAGCCUGCGACCUUUGGAUUGCCAUUCCAGUGUUCUACCAACUGAGUUGUCCAGCCCUGUGUUGGCAGUUCCCCAUUUUUGUCAAUGUCUUUGUUCCAAGGGCGCUAAGAACAGGGCACAUGCCAACAGUGUCCAAUGAUUUGUACUCUCCUUGUGUCUUGUUCUCAGCUGAUUUUUGGCUGGAAAACAAUUUUGAAUAGCAUUUUGUUUCAGCUUUGCAGCUACAUGAAGUCUGGCCCUGGUACCAGAGUAAAAAAAAAAUUGCCGAGUUGAGUUUGUUGCCUUGUCAUUCCAAAGCCGGCAACUUGUUGACUGGGGAAGUUUGAAUGCACUUGAGAGUUUAUGGACAUGUGCUAAGUACACACGAGGCAGGAAGCCCACUUAGAAUUUCAGCAUCGGCUUUUCCUGAGCCCUCGCUAACGGUAGGAAGAAAACACUUUAAACUUUGGUCGUUAACUUUUUUUGACCCUUAGUAGCGGGCAAUCCAAUUAAAGUGUUCUCCCCCUUGGGGUGGGGGCAAACACAGUCAGUUGUUGCGUUGUGACCAGGGUACUAUACUCUGGGUGCUACACAAGAAGGGCGGAGGGUGACCUGUGAUUGACGGUUUUCGGUGGUGCAAGAAAAGGCAAGAUACGAGGAACCAGACUUAAAACGGACAGAUUUGAAGGUUUACAGUCGUAAGCCCCACAAAAAAAAAAAGUUCUUAGUGCAUCUGGUAAGCACAGAACUGUUGUAAUAUUUUUGUGUAAAUUUGUAAACACAGUUAAAAAUAGCAACUGACUUAACAUCGUAAUUGAAAUGUGUACCGACAGCGAGACUUUAUAAAUACGCUUGAACGCUUGCGACGUUAUCUUUGCUUUAAAUAGUUCCGUUUCUGUGUUUUUUUUAAGGUUUUUUUUUUUUUUUAUCUCACAGAGGCUAUACAAAUUAUGUAAUAAUGUAAAAAUACAUACAUGUAUAUAAAUUAUAGAUAAAUUAGAUGCAUUUAUCAUUGUAAAGCUAGAGAGAUGAAUCAAGGGGGAGAAUUCGGUUGGUUUGUGACGGAUGCGUUGCCCUGCUGUGUGUAGUGGCACGUCGUCUUUUUUUUGCAUUUUGUUGUUUGUUUGCCAAACUCUGCCAGGGGAACUUCAAAAGUUUGUUAUGGUAGAGGUUAUGACAGGUGACUCGGUUGAAUAGUCUGCAAACACUUGUCAUGUUCAAAUUGUCUAGACUAUCAAGAGUCUAACUGAAAUCAUGUUAAUUGUACUUAAAAAUAAGAUUCUUGCUGCUUAAACAUUUACUUGUCCAUUAUGGGAUGAUUAUGGUAGAAAGGGUUGGGUUUAUAAUUUUAACUGCUUAUCUAUAUAUUUUUUUUGAAACCAGUGUACAUACAUGUACUGUAGAUUACCUAUCCACCACGAUCAAUAUGGGAUUGACAUAGAUUUUUUUAAAAAAUUGUAUGGCAAAGGAAACUUUCCUUUUUGAUGAGCAACCUUUCCAGAAGCUGUGUUCUGCCUGAAUCUUGAUUUGGCCUCGUGAAAAAAUAGCAAAAAGAAUAGCAAAAAAAAGAUAAGAAAUGCAGACAAAAUUACCUGACAAGACUACUGAUAAAAACCCAACCUAAAACAAACCCAACAAACAAACGUUAUGGAUUCAUACAAAUAAAGACUUUCAUGUCCAACUCAACAGAUUAAACCACUGUACCAUUAACUUUUUCCUGAUGGGGGGGAGCUCACAAUUUUUUUUUCCAUGUGCACCUUUAAUACUUUUUUUUUGUAUACACAAUAUACAUUCUACGCUUUCUGUCCGUGCUUCCAUUUACUGUCCACGAUGGCAUGUUCCUUGUUUCAUUCAUUAACUUGCUUUUCUGAUUAUGUUCCGGAUAUUCUUCCUCGACUGAAAAAAAAAUAAGGCGAAUCUCAGGUUAAACUGCUCGUGAUGUCUAGUCCUGUCAGUAGUAGGAUAUUUUUGCACGGUCUUUUUGCUAAGUCACGGUGCCCAAAACCAGCACUUGUCAGCAGUUUUCUUUUCCUCUUAUUUUUUUUUGUGACUUUAAUUUCGGUCAACUAUUUUGUCUCUUGUUUUUAAACCAGCACCGGAGUACAAAGUGUCCUUAAACUCAUUACAAAUUACCGUAGGAUGUUCUUUUUAAUGCGCACGUUUGUUGACUGUUUAGAAGACUUCUCUUCUUGGUUUGGGCGAGUUUUCCCAAAGACAAAUAGAAUAUUUCAAGACUGACGGUGGUCAUAGUUCACAGACUUUGCCUGUGCAACUUGUGCCGUUUCUCGGCCUGACAUUAGUUCGGCAACUGUUUGUCUAGUUAGCAACACAAAGGGACUAGGUCACCCUCUGAAUCUGUUUCCGCUUUGCCGGUUCAGGAAAUGAACAGCGCAUUUUGACAACCCCCGGGUGCACACGAGCCUCUGCAUUGAAUUCUCAUCACUUCUCUUAUGACAUAGUCCUUAUGUCUUGCGUCUCAAUAAUGUGCUGUCAUAUAUACGUACCAAUCUUGCUUGCUUCCAUAUUUACUCGGAUUUUUGUGUGAUUAUUUUGAUUUGAUUUUUUGCUUCAAAGUAUGUCACAGCCUUAACACCUUAAAUUAACAUCUGCUAAUUGGUCGAACAGAAAGUUUUGGGUGUCGUUGGUUUUUAUAAACAGUGUAUCCUCUCCGGCAUGCACAGGAA